GUUUUCAUCUUUCGUUCGUUUUCGCUACACAACUCACAUCUUGUCAUUGUCAUCGUAGCUUGAGAUUUUUGCAAAUUAAAAUCGAGUUUUUUAAAUAAGUUUUCUACUUUUCUAAUAAAAUUUAAUAAAAAUGUCUGCCAGAUAUGAUCGUGCCGUUACAAUUUUCUCACCCGAUGGCCAUUUGCUUCAAGUAGAAUAUGCCCAAGAAGCCGUACGAAAAGGUUCAACUGCAGUUGGUGUUCGCGGUGCUAAUUGUGUUGUCCUGGGCGUGGAAAAGAAAUCAGUUGCAAAACUUCAAGAAGAGCGCACAGUACGAAAGAUCUGCGCCCUCGAUUCUCAUGUGGUGAUGGCUUUUGCCGGCCUUACCGCCGACGCCAGAAUUCUCAUAAAUCGUGCACAAGUAGAGUGUCAGAGUCACAAACUCAACGUAGAAGAUCCGGUCACACUGGAGUACAUCACUAGAUUUAUUGCCCAGUUAAAACAAAAAUACACACAGAGCAACGGUCGCCGUCCUUUUGGUAUCUCGUGUCUCAUCGGUGGUUUCGAUUUCGAUGGAACCCCACAUUUGUAUCAGACCGAACCGUCUGGCAUUUAUUAUGAAUGGAAAGCCAAUGCGACUGGUCGCUCGGCCAAGACUGUUCGUGAAUUCCUCGAGAAACAUUACAAAGACAAUGAAGUGGCCGAUGAAAACGGUGCCGUUAAAUUGGCUAUCAAAGCUCUUCUAGAGGUGGCGCAGUCUGGACAGAAGAAUCUUGAAAUUGCUGUCAUGGAAAAAGACAAACCACUAAAAAUGCUCGAUGUUCAGUCCAUUGAAAAGUACGUAGCGAUCAUCGAAAAGGAAAAAGAAGAAGAGGCUGAGAAGAAGAAGCAAAAGAAAUGAAUCUAUUAAUGGUCGAGAGGUCUCUUUAUUAAUUAUUUCCAAAAUGCAAAUUCGUUUUUAUGUCAGCUAAUGAUUUUGUUCCAAGUUCUUGAAAACAUAUUAAUAAAUUAAUUAAAUGCUUUGUGUACAGGGGAUUUAAAUAA